AAACGGAACACCCGCGUCAGCCACUGAGCCGGGGGGGUGGACUGUGGAGGAUAUGGCAGCACUUGCCGCCCACCACCACCGCCUCCUCUCCUCCUCCUCCGCAGCUGCUCCACCAGCUCGCCGCCGCCGCCGUCUCUCCUCGCUCCCCUUCUCCCCGCGGCCUUCUUCCCAUGGCCGUCUCAGCUCCAGCACGCGCGCCUCGGGCGGCGGCGGCACCAGCAGCGCGGCGGCCCCACCCGCCGCCGCGGCGACGUCGGCGUCGCUGUCCCUGGAGGAGCUGCGCCGGGGCUGCACCACCUGGACGUGGCGCGGGAUGCGCGUGAACUACCUCGCCAGGGGGCAGGGCCCGCCCGUCCUGCUCGUCCACGGCUUCGGCGCCUCCGUCGCGCACUGGCGCAGGAACAUUGGGGUGCUGUCUGAAUCCUACACCGUCUACGCGAUCGAUUUGCUGGGGUUCGGCGCCUCGGACAAGCCUCCUGGGUUUUCUUACACGAUGGAGACAUGGGCUGAGCUGAUCCUGGACUUCUUGAAGGAGGUCGUGAAGAGGCCCACGGUGCUUGUCGGCAACUCUGUCGGCAGCCUUGCAUGCGUCAUUGCUGCCUCAGAGUCCAACAGAGACGUCGUCCGGGGGCUUGUCCUGCUCAACUGCGCCGGCGGCAUGAACAACAAGGCGAUCGUCGACGACUGGAGGAUCAAGCUGGUCCUGCCUCUGCUCUGGCUGAUCGACUUCCUGUUGAACCAGCGGCCGAUAGCAUCGGCACUCUUCAACCGCGUGAAAAACAGGGACAACCUGAAGGACAUCUUGCUCUCUGUUUACGGGAACAAGGACGCCGUGGAUGAUGAAUUAGUCGAGAUCAUAAGGGGACCGGCUGACACGGAGGGCGCCCUGGACGCGUUCGUGGCGACGGUGACUGGCCCGCCGGGGCCGAGCCCGAUAGCGCUGAUGCCGCGGCUGGCGGACGUGCCCGUGCUGGUGCUGUGGGGAGACCGGGACCCCUUCACCCCCAUCGACGGGCCCGUGGGGAAGUUCUUCUCCAAGCUGCCGUCGGAGCUCCCCAACGUGACGCUCCACAUGCUCGAGGGCGUCGGCCACUGCCCGCACGACGACCGCCCGGACCUCGUCCACGACAGGCUGCUCCCGUGGCUCGACGGCCUCCCGCCGCCCGCGGCCGGCGCUGCGGCGGUCUAGUCGCCGACGGCCGGGGGUGACGACGAACUGACGGUGGAUGUAAUUAAUUCUGUAAUUCUCUCUGCUGGUGCUCGUGCGUGUCGAGAAAGUUUAACGACACGGUGAAGAAUUUGAUCCGGGCCGGUGCUCCGUACUGUGUAUACGGCCCAAGAUGGGUUUAGGCGGCGGCAGCCUGUGCUCUGUGGGCUGUGCUACGUGGACCAAGGUUCUUAGCCCA